UCCAUGUGUGUGUAUUUGACACCAGCUGAUGCAUGUUUCGUCAGACAUGGCGUCCUUCAAGAAAACCAACACGAAAAUAUUCACAAAAGCUGGCUCCGAAAUAACACCGGAUAACAUUUAUUGGAAGAAAUACACGACUCCGGUACUAGUGAAGGAGUUUGGACCAAUAGACUACAUAGAUUUUUCACCAGCAGAGCCGUAUCACUUUGCAGUCACAUGUUCAGUCAGGGUGCAAAUUUAUAAUCCAAUAACGAAGCUGGUAACGAAGAAUCUGAGUAGAUUCAAGGAAGCCGCUUACGGGGGUAGCUUUCGAAGUGAUGGAAAACUCUUGUGCAGUGGUGGACAGGAGUCUGUGGUCAGAUUGUUUGAUGUUGCGACUCGAAGUCCCUUACGAAUUUUCUCGGGUCACAAAGCGGCGGUACAUAGAGCUCAAUUCACAGCAGAUGGAUUGAAAAUUGCUUCAUUUUCGGAUGAUAAGACAGCAGCUUUCUGGGACAUAGCGAGUGAAAAAAUGCUGGUUAAUUUUGACGGACAUCAGGAUUAUGUUAGAUGCGGUGCUUGCAGUCCUGUUUCACCGGACAUCCUUCUUUCCGGAAGUUAUGACAAAACUGUGCGCAUGUAUGAUGCCCGAAACGAUAAAACUCUGUUCAGUGUUGACCACGAAGCACCUGUUGAGGCCGUCAUGUUUUUACCUUCUGGUGGAAUUUUCCUCUCUGCCGGUGGCACCGAAAUACGCGUUUGGGAUGCUCUUGCCGGUGGCAAACUUCUUGCUCGCAUUUCGCAGCAUCAUAAAACCAUAACUUGUCUCCGCAUUGCUUCCAACGGACGCAGAAUCCUCUCCGGAUCCCUCGAUCGACAUGUCAAAAUUUACGACGUUGGGACUUACCAAACUGUACACACUCUCGAUUAUCCCAAUUCUGUUCUCAGCCUCGCUAUCAGCUCCAACGACGAGACAAUAGUAGCAGGAAUGGUUGACGGUCUGUUGUCUAUAAGACGUCGAGAAGAUGAGGCAAAAGAGACGAAAGGAUCAAAGCAAAAAAAAGUUUCGUAUAGACACUUAGGGAAAGACAUCAGCUCUACAGUUGAUUUCAUCGUGCCCGAGGAAAGCAAGCAGACGAUGGGAAAACACGAUAAAUUUUUGAGGAAGUUUCAAUACUCAAAAGCUCUUGACAGCGUCAUGCUGAAUUAUGUUGUCAAUAAAACGCCCAACGUAACGGUCGCCCUUAUGCAAGAAUUGAUACGUCGAAAAGGCUUGCACCAAGCGUUGGCAGGACGAGACGGAAAAUUUCUCGUUAAUAUUCUCAAAUUUUUAAUCAGGCACAUCGGUAACGUGAGAUAUGGAAGAGUUUUGUUUGGCGUCGCCAAUACUCUCAUAGACGUUUACGAGGAUAACCUAGAAGAGCUAAGCGCCGAUCUACGCACCAUGUUCGGUAUGUUGGAAAAAAAGCUGACUGAAGAAGAGGAUCUCGUUAUUGCAAUGUCAGAGCUUCAAGGAACUUUAUACAUGUUGCUAUCAGCUGCAGAAACGACGCAACCGAUUUCCAUUCGAGAAUUACCUGGUUUGGAGCCUUCGAGCGCUUCUCAGAAGAGCCUCGUUUUCAGUAUCGCCUAAAUCAGUUCAAUUGUUAUGUAUUGUAAAUAAAUUUUAUAACAAAUCGAAAACAAA